AUGGGUGAAUCACGCACAGAACUCAUCAACUGGAUCAACGAGCUGCUUGGCUUCUCGUACACCAAAGUCGAGCAGUGCGGCUCCGGUGCUGCGUACGCCCAGAUCAUCGAUUCCAUCUACUACAAUGUGCCGCUCGUCAAGAUCAAGUUCGACGCCAAACACGACUAUGAGUACAUCAACAACUUCAAGGUGCUUCAGGAAGCGUUCAAGCGCAAUCGCAUCGAUAAGCCCAUCCCCGUGGACCGGCUGAUUCGGUGCAAGAUGCAGGACAACCUCGAGUUUUUGCAGUGGUUGAAGCGGUACUGGGACCAGAACUUUGCAGGCGAGGUGUACGAUGCCGAGGCGAGGCGCGGGGGUGUGGGUGCUGCUCCGCCGCCGUUGGUUGGCGCGGUGAGUGUCGGGGCUGCGAGGACGACUGGCGGUGCGUCGAGACCGGCUGCGGGCGCGUCGGCGGCAGCGAGCAGACCGAGUGCACGAGCAGCCCCCGCUGCGACAGCAGCAAGCAGACGCCCCCUCGGUGCAGCCGGCGCCCGUGCAGCAGCACCAUCAGGAGCAGCAGCAGCAGUCCCCAACGAAACCAUCCAGGCCCUGACCGCGCAGAUGGACGAGAUGAAGGUCUCAGUCGACUCGUUGGAGAAGGAACGCGACUUUUACUUCGCCAAACUCCGCGAUAUCGAGAUACUCGUGCAGGAGAGGUUGUCCAUCCUGGCCGAACAGUUCCCGCCCCCGUCGGAAGAGGAAGAUCCCGAGGGACUUCAUGUGGGCACCGAGGAGCAGGAGAGCUUGAAGCAGAUCCAGGCGAUCCUGUAUUCCACCGAAGAAGGAUUCGAAGUGCCCGAGGGCAACGAGGUGGCACAGGAUGAAGAAGAGAUGUUCUGA